CUAUCACGAGAACUCAGAACUCUAUAUUUGCGGGGUCAGCCCAUCGCUCAGACAAGCAUACACGUUGCAAGAAUGAGAGCAAUCGCUUAGAAAUAUAAGAGGCCUAGACACUCAAUUCGACAGUAUCGUGGUUCCCCUAAUACCAACACGAACUCGUCUCUGCCGUCACUGCUAAAUGUUGAGUGUCAUCAUCUUCAUUGCUGCCAUAGCGGCAGCGGCCUAUCAUACCAUCAUUGAGCCUCUCUAUUUGAACCCCAAAAGCAGGAUCCCCGGACCAAAAACGUUCGCCUUGACGAAGUGGCGCUUGGCCUGGGAAGACUUCAAAGGAACUCGGACAAGGACAAUUCACGCCCUCCACGAGAAAUACGGGCCGAUCGUACGCAUUGGUCCUGACGAGAUUCAUUGCAACAGUCUUGAGGCCCUCCGCACAAUAUAUGGAGCUGGAAGUGGGUUCGAGAGAACAUGGUUCUAUCGCAUGUUUGACGCAUACGGCAAGCAGAACUUGUUCACGUUUCACACGGCCAAGGAGCACAGCGAGCGCAAGAAACUGGUCGCCAAUGCUUACUCCAAGUCGUUGAUGCUCAAGGGUCCAGCGGCGUUGAUGGUUCAGGAAAAGGUUUCUCAGUACCUGGCGCUUAUCAGAGCACAAGGCGAUCAACCGCACGAGAUUUUCGGUAGCCUACACUACUUCUCGCUCGAUGCUAUCACCCACUUUCUAUAUGGACCUUCAUAUGGUGGUACAUCUGCCCUCAAAGGUGAUGCUAAGGACCGUGCUCUACUCAACGAUAUAGUUGACCCGACUCGUCGCUACUUAAGCUGGUUCGCGGUUCAUCUCCCUUCUCUGACCAAAUGGUUGUACACGCGUCAGGGCCUAAUCGAGCGUAUGCUCAGACCAGUGCUUCCUAUGCAAAAGCCCACCACAUAUACUGGAAUCCGCAAGCAUGCGUUAGAUGCUUAUUACCGCUUUCAAAGUGCUGCAGAGACGGAGUCGGAUUCACUCAUUGCAGAGCCAACUAUUAUCUCACGAUUAUGGAAAUCGCAUACGAGUGUCAAGGGCUCGGAUCAUAAUACUCUAGACUCCCUAGAUAUUGCGUCGGAAUGUGCAGAUCACUUGCUUGCAGGUAUCGACACAACAGCAGACACACUAAUGUUCCUGAUCUGGGCAUUGUCACGGCCACAAAACUUGGACAUACAGAAGCGCCUGAUCGAAGAAGUUCGUGCAUUGCCGCAGGAUGCGUUUGAGGACGACUUGCCCAAGCUCGAUGUUAUCGACAAGCUUCCGUAUCUGGAUGCAGUCAUCAAAGAGACGCUCAGGCUCUAUGCUCCACUACCAGCUUCGGAACCUCGUUCGCUGGCAACUGAUUGUGUUAUCGAUGGCUACACUAUUCCAGCACGUACUGUGGUCAACAUGUCGCCAUAUUCACUACACAGAAAUGCUGACGCAUUCGACGCGCCACUGACAUUCAACCCUGAUCGCUGGUUCGGUCAAGCAGAUAAAUUGGCACUGAUGAAUCGCUGGUUCUGGGCCUUCUCUAGUGGUGGCAGGAUGUGCAUAGGACUACAUCUGGCAAUGGCAGAGAUGACAGCAUUGGUAGUGGGUAUUUAUCGAGAGUAUAGCACAUCCAUCGCGCCAGGCUUUGAAGAAAAGUCUCCGGCGAUCACAUCUAGAUUCGAGAUGUUUUACGAUGAGACUGUUCCAGAGAUAGCAGAACACACAUGCAUGAUCCAUUUUACAAAGGCGUCAUUGUAAUGACAUCUGUCUACAGUUUAUCAACCAGUUGUCCAGAUUUUGAGAGUAUCAAGUCUACUAUAACACGCUGUCUUAUUCUAGAUAAAUCUUCAGCUGCAAGUCCUAUCCAAAAGCCAAAUUUGGUCAAAGCAGGCUUCACCAAGCCAGUCUUCAC